ACUAGACCAAAAUGUAUGUCUGUUCCAUACGUUAGGGGCCAACGAUGGUGCACCCUAUACGUGCGCCCGUCGUCACGUGGAUCACAUGGGUCCCUCUGAUCCUAGGGGUUUGAAAUCUCCGCACAGUAAUAUUUGAAGCUUCUUUAUAUUUUUAAAUGGACAAAUUACAUAGAUAGGUAGGGAUAAAUAAUCUUACGUCGUAUCAUGUGAAUGCUGUGAUGAACGUAUGCUGGGAAAAACAACUGCAUAUCCAGGCAAAUUCAAAGUGAUUCUCAACUUGUUUGUGGAAGAUAUUUUCCAAUUUAAUUAUGGAAGAACACAAAGCAUGGAAUUUAAGUAGCUGUGCUUGCACGGAAAUUAUCGAUGGGUGUGAAGUUCAUCACAAGGAGAUUACACAUCGAGAUGUUACCAUACACCUUGUGGAAUGUGGGAAUCCUGAUGGAGAGCUUGUGUUGUUAUUGCAUGGGUUUCCAAAUUUUUGGUAUGUUUGGAAGAAUCAGUUCAAGCCCCUACAUGACAUGGGUUACCACAUUGUUGCUCCUGAUUUGAGAGGCUACAAUACAUCAUCAAAGCCACAAGGAAUUAGAAACUAUGGUCGUGCAGAAGUUUUAUCAGACAUAAUUUGCUUAAUUGAGUGUUUUAAUGCAGGCAAACCUACAAAUAUUGUUGGGCAUGAUUGGGGUGUAAUUGUGGCUUUAUCUCUGGCUGAAGAUGCUCCUGAUGUGGUCCGCAGAUUAAUUGUUGUAAAUGGACCUCAUCCAAAAAUCAUGCUCCAUGUUAUCCUUACCAACAUCCAUCAGUUAUAUCGUAGUUGGUACAUAUUUUUCUUUCAGCUUCCUUGGCUUCCUGAAAGGGUUUUCAGCAAAAAUGGAUUUGAAAAACUUAAAAAGGCUCUUGAACAGAACGGAUUGCCAGAAGAUGAUGUAGAAAGGUAUGUGCAAGCAUGGUCGGUACCUGGAUCAGUCACUUCUAGUAUGAACUAUUAUCGAGCAAUAUUCUGGGGAUAUUGGCUCAGAAAGAAACCUCAAGUCAAAUUAAAUAUUCCAGUGACUGUUAUAUGGGGAGAACUUGACAAAUUCUUGGUGAAUGAAUUGGCAAAUGUUCCAAGAGAUAUAUUCUCCAAAGUUUCAGUCUUGCAAAUUCCAAAGGUUUUUCUUUGUAACUUGUCUUGAUCUAACAUUUUUUGU